AAAUCUGAAAUCUGAACAUAAGCUUCAAGCCGUUUUCAAACCAUAAGGCCGAAUCCAAUGUGCGCAAUAUUGAAAACGUACGUUACAAAUAAUUGUUGUCUUAGGAACCGCCGCCAUCGCUUUGCUUGCUUUUGUGAGGAGAAAUACAAAUAAAUGUCAGGUGUUUUUGUAGCGAAUCCUGCUAGAUACGUGAUUGCCGAAGAGGCAGUGAGUGUUGAACGUCUUUUAGAUGAAAAUGAGCAUAUUAUAGAGUUGAUUGCUGAUUUUGUUAAAAAGGGGCGAUUUUAUGAAGCUGUUCAAAUGCAGACUAUCCUACAACGGAAUCUAGUCUAUCUUGUUUCAUUGGUUGAUCAGUAUAACUUGAAUGCAAGUGAAUCAGCUGAAAAUACUGAUAACAUGGACAGUACUACAACAACAACAACAGCAGCAACAACAACAACAACAACUACUACUACUACUAAUAAUAAUGAAAUCAAUAUCGAUAAUAAUAAUAAUGAGAUGGUUAUUGAUGAGUAACUGUAUAGUGCUCUUAUUCUUUUACCUUUUUAUUCUCCGUACACAUUUACUCUUGUGUUACUGUGUAUGCCUCUCAUUGUACAUACAUAAUUCAUGCCUUUUUAUUUAUGGAUGGAUAGUACAUUAUUGUAGAUUAUUGUGAGCAGACAAACACAGUCUUCUGAUUGGUGGUUUC